AUGAAGUUCUCUAACACCCUCCUGCUUAUCGCCCCCUUGACUGCCCUCGCGGCUGAGACAUUUGGUGCACACGGUGGUGCGGUGGCUCAGGCUGGCGCCAAGGUCCAUCAGCGCGAGGAGUCCACUGCCUUCAGCCCUGCCCAGGAUGACGCCAAAGCCUACAAGCGCGGCCAGGACGAUGCCAAAGCCUACAAGCGCGGCCAGGACGAUGCCAAAGCCUACAAGCGCGGCCAGGACGAUGCUAAGGCGUACAAGCGUGGUCAAGACGACGCAAAGGCGUACAAGCGUGGCCAAGAUGAUGCGAAGGCCUACAAGAGAGGUCAAGAUGACGCCAAGGCCUAUAAGCGCGGUCAAGACGAUGCCAAAGCCUACAAGAGAGGCCAGGAUGACGCUAAGGCUUAUAAGCGUGGCCAAGAUGAUGCAAAGGCAUACAAGAGAGGUCAGGACGACGCGAAGGCGUACAAGCGCGGCCAGGAUGAUGCUAAGGCCUACAAGCUUUUGUAA